AGAAAAGAGACUUCAAAGAAGCACCUUUCCUCUCAGAGAGUCCUCACAGUGAGACUGAGUGCCUUUCCUAUUGUGCUCAGCCAAUGCCUGGCCAUGGGCAAUGGUUCGAUAAAAAACCCACGGGCUGAGGAGAACAGCUGCCUGGCCUCCAUCCACGCAUGCUCUCCUGGCCUGGACACAGACAUCCUCAGGUUGCGGAUAACCCAUCUAGAGGCAGAGUUGGCACGUCGGGAUCAAGAGUUUCAAGUCCAGGAGCUUCAUUUACACCAUCUCCAAAGGGAACUGGAGGCCAAGAUCUCCCAGGUCAACAAGCUCCAGGAUGCCAUUGGCUACAACAACAGCCUGGGCUCUUCGCCUGCUCUUUCCCAUCAUAACCACCAACGCUUCAGUGCCAUCAACCAGGGUCCAAACCGCUUCCACAAGGUGGCUCUUGAGGUUCACCGCAGGCUGAGAGCAAAAGAUGGAGUCUCUGCUGAGCCCACCUCAGAAACCUUCUGUGGAGGGUUCAGAGCAACACAAGUCUCUACUGCACAGGCCAUCCGCAAAGACUCAGACACCAAGAAGCUCAUCAACGAUGCCAUCAUGAAAAAUGACUUCUUGAAGAAGCUGGAGUCACAACACAUGAGGGAGAUAGUGGACUGUAUGCAUGAGAAGGUUUACACCGAGGGACAGAUGGUCAUCAAGGAGGGGGAACCUGGCAAUUACCUCUAUGUACUGGCAGAUGGCUUGCUGGAGGUCAUCCAAAAUGGGAGGCUACUGAGGGAGAUGCGUCCUGGAACAGCGUUUGGAGAACUGGCCAUAUUGUAUAACUGUAAGAGAACAGCCACUGUCAAAGCUGUAUCAUGGUCUCAAAUCUGGGCUCUUGAGCGCAAGACAUUCCAGACCAUUAUGAUGCGGACGACACAGGCCAGACAUGAGGAGUAUCUCAGCUUUCUCUGCAGUGUGUCUUUGCUCCAAGGACUGCCUGAGGAGAAACUAGCCAAGGUUGUUGAUUGUCUUGAAGUGGACCAUUUUGAGAAAGGCGAUUAUAUCAUUCGAGAGGGCGAAGAAGGGAACACCUUCUUUAUUAUUGUAAAAGGGGAGGUCAAAGUCACUCAAAGCAAAGAGGGGGUGACUGAACCACAGGAAAUAAAGACAUUGGGGAUUGGAGACUACUUUGGAGAAAAAGCUCUCAUCAGUGAGGAUGUUCGCUCAGCCAACAUCAUCUCUAAUGAGGAUGACACACACUGCCUGGUGGUGGACAGAGACAAUUUCAACCAAAUGGUGGGAACAUAUGAGGAACUUCAAGCUGACCUCAAGGAAUAUGUGGAAGAGCUUUCCAGGAGUGAUGAGAGGAGAAAUGCACUGCCCCACUUUCCUCAGACUGACUCUGCAGAGUCUCAGGAGCUAAGGAGGCUGAGGGAAAAGAUUGCUCUCCUGCCUUCUCACCUGCCCUUCCAGCAGCUUCAGGUCAUAGCUACACUGGGCAUGGGAGGAUUUGGACGAGUGGAACUGGUAAAGUUGAAGGACGAGGACACCACAUUUGCUCUGAAGUGCAUCAAAAAGAAGCACAUUGUGGACACCAGACAGCAGGAGCACAUCUACUCUGAGAAAAACAUCCUUCAGCAAACAAACUCUGUGUUUAUCAUCAGGUUAUUCCGAACAUUUCGGGAUGAUAAGUUUGUCUACAUGCUGCUGGAGGCGUGUCUUGGUGGAGAGCUGUGGACUGUGCUGCGGGACAUGAGUUACUUUGAUGAGCCAACAACCAAGUUCUGUACUGGUUGUGUCUUAGAGGCCUUUGAUUACCUCCACACUAUGGGCAUCGUCUACAGAGACCUGAAACCUGAAAACCUUCUGCUGGAUGCUGAGGGUUAUGUCAAAAUGGCAGAUUUUGGUUUUGCUAAAAAGAUCGGACUCGGAAAGAAGACUUGGACAUUCUGUGGGACUCCAGAGUACGUAGCCCCAGAAGUCAUCAUGAACAAAGGCCAUAACUUCGGAGCUGAUUGCUGGUCCUUGGGAAUCCUCAUAUUUGAGCUUCUCACUGGAAACCCACCCUUUGCUGGCUCAGACCCCAUAAAGGUUUACACCAUGGUCCUUCAUGGCAUUGAGAAGGUGGACUUCCCUAAAAGAAUCAGCAAGCGUCCAGACGACCUCAUCAGGAGACUCUGCAAGCUAAACCCAGUGGAGAGGCUGGGAAACAAAAAGAAUGGUAUCAUUGAGAUCAAGAAACACAAGUGGUUCCAAGGCUUCAACUGGGAAGGAUUGAGGUGUCAUAAACUACUAUCUCCAUUGAGGAGAGAGCUAAAGGGGCAGAUGGAUCAUAGUCACUUUGACGUGUUUCCUCCUGACACAGACGAGCCUCAAGAUGAGCUGUCUGGCUGGGAUAAAGACUUCUGAGGCAUCUGAUCAGAGAGCACAGGCACUGGAUCUGGCUCCUAAAGCUGUAGUGGGUCGGGCAGGCAAACUCCUACAGCUUAUCUUUGGUUUUUCAGUCUCAGCAGCUUUCUUUAAAUGGAAC